ACGUGUAUAUAUCAUACCUACCAAUUAUCCUCCUCCAUGCAUAAAAACAAAAUGAAAGAAAACAAACAAAAUUAAGUACAUUUAUAUACUCCGUAUUAAGAUCACGCAGCUGCCCGUAUUUUGGUAGUCCUUUUUCAUUCUCCCUGCUGAUGAAUAUUUAAGGAUAUCACAAGAUAGUUAACGGCGGAGACGGACGUGGUGGCCGCCAUCAGACCACCAACUCGUAAUUUCAGGACAUUCUGUAAGGGAACAUGGGACUAGCGAUUUGGGAUGGAGGGAGUAUCUCUUAUUAUCCUUGCAUAAUCGGGGCGGUGCUUAUCAUAGCAACAACGAUGGUGACGAUGAGAUUCCAUAGGAAUCCCAAAAGACGGUUCCCACCACUUCCUCCGGGCCCAAAAGGUUGGCCUCUACUAGGAAGCCUCCCACAACUGGUGAAAGCAAAAAAAAUGAUGAUUCCGUCACGGUGGAUACUAAAACUCAUGGAUGAAAUGAAAACAGAAAUCGCUUGCAUUCGGCUCGGCUCCACUUACGUCAUCCCUGUCACGUCUCCCGAACUAGCAAACGAGUUCUUAAAGAAACAAGACAAAGUUUUCUCACUAAGGCCAACUUUCACAUCCUUAAACAUCACCAGUAAUGGAUUUAAGGGUGUCUUUUCUAUGCCCCCCAAUGACAAGUGGAAAAAAUUGAGGCGAAUUCUCGUGUCUCAUGUCUUAUCUCCCGCCGUUCAUGAUUGGCUUCAAGGUAAAAGAAUGGAGGAAGCUGAUAAUCUUGUGUGCUCCGUAUACAAUAACUCUUCAUCAGUUGUGGAUGUGAGAUCUAUCGCACGACAUUAUUGUGGAAAUGUGAUAAGGAGGAUGACGCUUGGAAAAAGAUACUUUGACAAUAAUAACAAUAUGAAUGGAAGGUCGCCUGGGCCACAAGAGGAAGAGCAGGUUGAGGCAUUGUUCACACUACUCAGCUAUACCUUCGUGUUUGGCAUUGCUGAUUACAUGCCAUGGCUUGGUGUAUUCGAUAUUGACGGCCACAUCAGCAUGCUCAAUAAAGCCUUUGAGAGUGCUAGAAAGUAUAUUGAUCCUAUUAUCGAUGAGAGGAUCUCAAUGUGGAAAAAUGGAACUAAGAGGAUCAAAGAUGACUUGGUUGAUGUUCUAAUUACACUCCAUAAUGAGGUUGAUGGAUCACCAUUGCUCACUCAUGACGAGAUUAAAGACCUAAUCUUUGUAAGUUGCAAAAAUAUACUCUCUAUCCCAAAUUAUGUGUCUUGUUUUCUUUUUUUGGGAUGUCCUAAAGAAAUGAUGAUAGCAACCGUUGAUAACCCAUCAAAUGCAUUUGAGUGGGCAUUGGCUGAAAUGCUAAAUCAACCUCAAAUCUUAGAAAAAGCUACACAAGAGUUAGACAAUGUGGUUGGGAGAGAGAGGUUUGUCCAUGAAACUGAUUUGUCUCAAUUAAACUACAUAAAGGCAUGUAUACGUGAGACAUUCCGUCUUCACCCCAUUGCCCCCUUUAAUGUCCCACAUGUUUCUUCCGAAAAUGCAAUAGUCGGUGGUUAUUUCAUUCCCAAAGGUAGUAUUAUCUUAGCCAGUCGUUAUGGGCUCGGUCGGAAUCCUAGGGUAUGGGAGGAUGAACUCAAGUUCAUUCCAGAAAGGCACCUCAAUCAAAGUCCAACCAAUGAAGUGGUUUUGACAGAUCUUGAAUCUAAGGUGCUUUCAUUCAGUACAGGAAGACGAGGGUGUGUUGGAGUUAGACUAGGCUCUCUAAUAACAACAAUGUUGUUUGCUAGGCUUCUCCAAGCUUUCACAUGGACCACUCCACCUAUUUCACCCACAAUACCCUUAGUUGAGUCGAAGCGUGACUUUUCUCUUCAGAAUCCACUCCUUGCUAUCGCGAAGCCUCGCUUGCCAAAUUCUUUGUACCGGGCUGCGUGAUGACAACUAAAAUAAACAUUUUUGUUACAAUUUGUGAUUUUAGCUUGCAAGAUUACCAAAAUAUCAAUGACACAUACUUUUUACUAUAGUUUGGUCAUAUUAUUAAGUAUUGGUCAAGAUGCUGCAUGGUGACUAUUGAUGUAAUGUAAGAUGAAUGAUCACAAAUUAAAAUAAACAUAAAC